GCGCGAGUCGUCGUCCUCUACACUUGUCGUUCUCGACACUCUCGCGCAUGGGCAUUGUCUGCAGCUCGACCGAGUCGGUCGUCGAGUCCCACGAUGUGCGCGCGCCCAAACACUGCCGCACCAAGAAUCCUAGUCAGCCACAGCACCGCCGACGGCUUCCGUUGGGGUCGUCCACACUGGUUGAGCUCUGCUUGGACCGCCUCGCGAUCGAGGUGGCCUCCGCGCCAGCCUCAGUGGAUACUGCGGUACUACCGCCAGAGCUCUUUGGCGCGCUCCUGCGUCGGCUCGUGGCGCACGAAGCCCUGACGGCCGACUUGUUUGCACGGCUUGGCGAGUCGCUCCCGUUGGGCACGCGCGUCGACCUCACCGAUUGCGCUGACGUCGACACGGGCUGGCUGCAAGCUCUUGCGCCUUCUAUUACAGCGUCGCUGAUGCACAUCGACUUGACGCGCUGCACUGGCGUCGAGACGCUGGGCCGCGAGCCGCUCGCUGCGCUCCGCGUCGCCAAGCUGAGCCACUGCAAGAACAUGUCACCGUUGGCACUGCACCCACUCUCCAAUGCGACGCACUUGUCUGUGCUGCAUCUCGCUGGAUGUGCUCUCUUGCGCAACGAAUCACUCGGGCACCUCUUGUCGUGCACGCAACUGACCGACUUGGACCUGUCCCAAUGCCCCUCGAUCUCCGAUACAGGUUUGUUUGCUUUGCCACCGAGUCUACGACGACUCAACUUGAGUCAGUGCUCUGGUAUCUCGGACAGAGGCGUGCUUGCGGUCGUGACAGGCCUGGCUUCGCUCCUUUCCCUAAACCUUGGGCUGUGCAACAUCACAAACGGCGCCUUAGCCAUGCUUGCUGUCCAUGCGCAUCAGCUACAGCACUUGGUGCUCUCAGGCUGUCGCGCUGUCGACCAAGCCGGCGUCAAUCUACUCGACUCGCUUUCAGAGCUCGUUUCGUUUGAAGCUAGUCAGUGUCGCCUUGUUCAGAGUCCCCACCGCGCGUGGGCUAGCUUGACAUUCCUCGACUUGUCCACCUCGGGCGUGAACGAUACGGGGUUGGCGGUGCGGUUUGCAUGGCUCCUACCCUCUUACCCUCAGCUGUCUUGCGUAGGUCACCGCGUCGCUGGAGACGCUCACAUCCCUCGAUGUCUCGCAAAGCCAGGCAACUGCUACUUCAUUCCGAUGCCUGCGAUCGCUCUCUCGCCUGCGGUACUUCAAGGCCGCGCGCACCAAGCUCAACGAUGCGACUUUUCAAGUCCUCUGCGAGCACUUGACGUCCCUCGAAGAGCUCCACGUGGCGCACACCGACGUCUCGGACAUGGGCGCACGAGGUCUACCCCAUCUCAAGCACCUCACAAGCUUGGUGCUGAGCACAGAAGGCGUCACGUACCACAGCUUGUCGUCCGUGGGCUCGCUUCAUCAGCUCACGAGCUUGGCCCUCUUUGGUGCAAGCAUCGCCGACCGAGGUCUCGAGUACCUCGCAUGUUUGCAGAGUCUGCGUCGCCUCGUGCUCUGCAGCGGCUACCUCACGGACCGCGGUGCCGGCAUGCUUGCGUCCUCAGCGCCGCACUUGACGGAGCUCAAUGUGAGCCACAACAAGGAGUUGCGGGACGCUGGUUUGAAAUGCUUGGCGCAGCUGCGACAGCUCAAAACGUUGAAUGUGUCCAACACGAGCAUCGACGCCGCGUCGCUUGUUCAUCUUCAGCGUACACUACCUUUUCUCAAACCCAAUCGGCCCACGGCAACGACUGGUACUAGCCCUGCAGCACUUGGAAACACUGCUCGCAUACGGUCUCGUGCUCACUCGAAAAGAAUUUGCCGCUUUCAAAGACGCCAUGCCCAGUCUGUGCUUGUUCCGUUGCAGUCACUGACGCUUAACCCUUCAACGCCCAACUUUUUAAGACUACGGAUCGUCCGUAUAUAAGGCCCCGUCGUUUCGGGCAGUGUCUUUUUCGAGCGUUCUCCUCCCCGUGACAAAAGUACAGCCCGUAGCUACUACUAGUAGAAGCGUUUGCGGCCAACUAAUAGCGCUGUGUGGUCGCAAACUAACCUGUAAAGUUGAUUGCUCCGCUGAUGCCCACGCCGUAGAUCGCUGGUAUAUUGACAAGGAAAUAAAUCCAGCAACGGAUCUUCCGUGGC